UUUUUGUAGUGCACCAGUCGGAUAUAUCGUACAACAAUGCAUCUCCUGCCCUGCGUGAAAAAGUACGACGAAAAGGAAAGUCAAUCAAAACAAAUUGACAGAGAGAUAAAACAAUGGAUCAAAUCUUAUAAUGAAGCCAUCAAACUGUUAUUACUAGGAACGGGAGAGAGUGGUAAAACCACGAUUAUAAAACAAAUGAAGAUAUUACACAUACAAGGUUUUAAUAGUAGGGAGCGUUUAGAUAAAAUAGACCACAUCAGGCACAAUAUUCAUGAGUCAAUUUACGAAAUAGUGCAUAACAUGUCAGCUUUGAGCAUUGGAUUAGCGGACCCUAAGAAUGUGAGGUCCCAACAAUAUAUCCUAAAAUUGGGAGUUUCUGGACCUGAAGAAUAUACAGAGGAGUACUACGAUCAUGUAAGAGCAUUAUGGAAAGACAGCGGCGUCCGCGACUGUUUCAGACGUUCCAAUGAAUAUCAGCUGAUUGACAGCGCUGAAUAUUUUCUAGACAGAAUAGACUUGAUAGCCAAGUCUGACUAUUUACCCUCCGAUGCCGACAUCUUGCGGUGUCGACAGAAAACCACCGGCAUACAGAAAAUUGAGUUUAAAGUUAAGGUUCCAAAAUCAAUGCAUGGUGGUGUGCAAGACUUUUGGAUGUUCGACGUGGGGGGGCAGAGGGGGGAAAGAAAAAAAUGGAUACAGGUAUUCGAAGGUAUUCACGCAAUAUGGUUCAUAGUCGCCUGUAGCGAUUUUGAUCAAACUCUGCGCGAGGAUAGCUCACAGAACAGGCUCAAGGAAUCGCUUGUAUUAUUCCAAGAUGUAUGGCAAAGUAGGUUUCUAAUAGAAGCAGGUCUCAUAGUAUUCCUAAACAAGCAAGACAUAUUGGAAUACAAGAUAUCCCAAGGCCACAGUAUCGCACCAUAUUUCCCAGAAUACGAGAAUUUCCAGGCGUCUGGAGACGAAUACACGAGAACUAAGUUGUUUAUCAAGAGUUUGUUUGUUGACCUUACAAAUAAACGUGACCGUCGCAAGCUGCCAGCCUCAGAGCGCUUCGUCAUCCACGAAGCGACUCGAACAAGAGAGUGCUAUUUUCACUUCACAACCGCGACGGACACGGACAAUGUCAGAACUGUGUUCAGAGAUGUGCAUCAAAUGAUAUUAACGCAUAUACUUAGUAAUAUUGGUGUUUAUUGAUAAAAAAUAAAUAAAUAAAAUAUUAAAAAAAAACAAA